AUGCUUCUCGGAAUAUGUUAUGGGGACGCUGCCAUUCCACUUCCCGGAAAGCCUGUGCACACAGAGAAGAUGGAGAGAGUGCCAACCUUUGUAGCUUUAUUUCUCUGCUUCUGCGUUGUUCUCCUCCUUUUCUUUCUUCUCUACUCGCGUUGCUCUCCUCUGCCUCCUCCUGUUUGCGUUGGUGUGAAUUGCCUCCUCCACGUUGCUUUGUUCUCCUUCGUAUCUUGCAAGAACAAGAAGAAGCAGAAUCUCCUAUUUUUUGUAGCCAUUUCAAUCGUUGGAGUUUCAAUCCUCGGGGUAAUUGCAGCAACCAUCUGGUGGAGCUUUAUAAGGAAAAGAAAACAUGGAGCCUCCAAAUAUCCAAAAGACACAGUUCAGCUUGGGACAUUGGAGUCAUCGAAACGAAAUUUCACGUACUCUGAAAUAAUCAAGAUCACCAGAAACUUUGAGAGGAUUCUUGGAAAAGGUGGAUUUGGAACAGUGUAUCAUGGACACCUAGACAACACUGAAGUAGCUGUCAAGAUGCUUUCACCAUCAUCAGUAAAUCUUCUUAUCAGAGUUCAUCAUAAAAACUUGACAAACCUUGUUGGAUAUUGCAAUGAUAACACACACUUGGGACUUGUCUAUGAAUACAUGGCUAAUGGAAACUUACAUGAACAUUUAUCAGAUAGCAAUUUACAUAUCUUGAGCUGGGAGGACAGACUUAGAAUAGCGUCAGAUGCGGCACAAGGACUGGAGUAUAUGCACCUUGGUAUUAAGCCGCCAAUAAUCCAUAGGGAUGUGAAAUCAUCAAACAUUUUGUUGAAUGAAAAUUUCCAAGCCAAGGUAUCAGAUUUUGGCCUAUCAAGAAAUUUUCCUACAGAUGUUGGGACUCAUAUAUCAACAGUUGUUGCAGGCACUCCUGGAUACCUUGACCCUGAGUAUUACCUAUCAAACAGGUUAAAUGAGAAAAGCGAUGUUUAUAGCUUUGGGAUUGUGCUGUUGGAGAUUAUUACAGGUCGACCUGUUUUAUCGAAAACGGAUGAGAGAAUUCACAUUAGCCAGUGGGUUGGUUUUAAGCUUGAAACAGGAAACAUUUACAGCAUUGUAGAUCCAAGGUUGGAGGGAAACUUCACAGUUAACUCUGUUUGGAAAGCUGUGGAGAUAGCAAUGGCAUGUGCAUCCCCAAACGCCACCAAAAGGCCAAUUAUGAGUCAAGUUGUUGCCGAACUGAACGAGUGUUUGGCGACACAAAUGGGUGAAACAAAGCAAAACAAUGGAACUGAAAUAACAAGUUCCAGUGAGCUGAUAUCUAACAAUUCAAUUGCAAUGCUAAGUCCCUCUGUGAGGUAG